GCGCUCCGGAGUAGAUUACGCUGUAGCUACGUGACUGGGAGAUAAUUAAAAAAUAUAUAUACUUCUGAUAUGGCCCGGCGGUCCGCUUGAUAUACUUUUAUUUUUUGUAUAUUGAAGCCGAACCACACGUGUAGUCGACAAGCUCUGAAGGAAGAUCCUUAAAGCCGCCAUUCAGCCCUGAUUGAAUGAACACUAAUUUAUCAUCACCACAUGGAACCCAUUCCCUCUGUUGAACAUAUGAAGACCCUUACUGACCACUGUAAUUGGACAAAUUACUAUUGAUGAGUGUCCAAAGUGCGGAGAUGCCUGGUAGUGACAGCACUCCAGAUGGGGAGGAGCCUGCAUUACCGUCAACCACAGGAGAAGGUGGAGGGGAGGAGAGGGUGACGUCAAGGCAGCAGGACGAAGGGGCGCAGUCCGAGGGCCUCAGGGGAGAGGAGAGCGGAGCUUCAGGUGGAGAAGUGGGGCAGGAAGAUGAGGAGAUGACUAGCACUUCACAUGACCUCUCUUCCUCGGCCAAUCACAGCCCUGGGAGUGCCACUGGAUCCACCUCAGUUUCAACCAAGAGCAGUGAGCAUGCAGGUGGUGACAGAGGGCAGGCCCACAGAGAAGUGAUGAUAACGGUGGCUGAGAUGAAGAAGAGGCUUCCCUCAGACAAACGCAGCCGCAGCAAAGCCAGCACUGUGGAGGCCUUACAUUACGCACUCAACUGUGUCAAACAAGUGCAAGCCAACAGUGAGUACUACAAACUGCUGAUGAGAAAUGGCCAGGAUGAGAGGAGAGACGCCACUGUUUGCACCCUGGAAGAGCUGGAAAGAGUCACCUCUGAACACACCCUUAAAAACACGGACUCCUUCGUGGUGGUUUUCUCCCUGUCGAGUGGCCGCGUGCUGUACGCUUCGGAGCAGGCUCCCAGCAUCCUGUGCUGCAAGAGGAAGUUCUUGGAGUCGGCCAAGUUCGUGGAGCUGCUCUUCCACCAAGAUGUUAACGUCUUCUACGCGCACACGGCUCAGCCGCACCUCCCACCCUGGAGCAACUCGCACACAGCAGGAGUUCUGUUUGACUGUGCCCAGGUCAAGUCGUUCUUCUGCAGAAUUAGGGGCGGGAAAGAUCGUGAGGGUGAGAUGCGUUACAACCCGUUCCGGAUCAUACCUUACCUGCUGAAGGUCCAGGGAACAGAAAGCAGUGGGGAGGAGGAGGAGCCGUGCUGCCUGGCAUUGGCUGAACGCAUCAUCUCUGGAUAUGAAGCACCUCGGAUCCCCAUGGACAAGCGCAUCUUCACCACUACACACUCCCCCGGCUGUGUGUUUCUGGAAGUGGAUGACAGGGCUGUGCCGUUGCUAGGAUACCUUCCCCAGGAUCUGAUUGGCACCUCGAUGCUGACUUGCAUUCACCCAGAGGACCGGCCCCUCAUGCUGUCUUUGCACCGGAAAGUGUUGAAGUACGCGGGCCAGCCUCCAUUUGAGCACUCUCCGGUGCGUCUGCGCUGUCAGAAUGGAGACUACAUCACCUUGGACACCAGCUGGUCCAGUUUCAUCAACCCAUGGAGCCGCAAGGUGGCCUUCAUCAUCGGACGGCACAAAGUCAGGACGAGUCCGCUGAAUGAGGAUGUGUUUGCUGCUCAGACUAAGGAGGAUUUUCCGGUCAUUCAUGAGGAAAUAAAAGAUCUGCAAGCAAAGAUCUAUAAACUUUUCCUGCAGCCGGUCCACAACAAUGGUUCCAGUGGUUACGGCAGUUUGGGGAGUAACGGCUCUCAUGAGCACUACAUCAGCGUGGCUUCUUCAAGUGACAGCAACGGUAACCUGUGGGAGGACUCCCACCGGGAACCGAUGACUUUGCAGCAGAUCUGUGCUGAUGUGAACAGAGUGAAGAGUUGGGGCCAGCAGGCUUAUCUGGAUUCCAGCCACAAAAUUGCUGUUCUUGGCAAACCUACUACAACACGUCUGCCUCCCGCAGUCUCAAACCCUGAGGUCCGAGAUCGCGAAGAAAGCAGGAAGCAAACACACAUUCCCUCCUAUCAGCAAAUCAACUGUGUGGACAACAUCAUCAGAUAUUUGGAGAGCUGUACAGGUCCAGCCCUUAAGCGUAAAAGUGAGUCUCAUUCCCAUGCCACCUCUUCCUCCUCAUCCUCUACCUCAGAAGACGACAAGCCAGCUGGAGCCACUGACACGGCUCAGGCUAGCUCAGAUGUGGUGGUGUUGGACAGUGAGGUGUCAGUGGGCCCCACAGCUGCAGCUGUGGUGGGAGCGCCUCUGACGGACAUCACAAUGUCCACCAAGGCCAUGAGCGUCGUCUCGGUUACCAGCCAGUGUUCAUACAGCAGCACCAUCGUACAUGUGCCGCAGCCUGAGUCAGAGGCCACGGCACUGGAGGAUGCACCCAUGGGCAGCGAGCCUGCUGAUGCUGCUCCCACCCCUGUCCGUCCAGCCCCGAGCCCUGCCACAGAGGAGCGGCGGUUUGUAGGUCUCACCAAGGAGGUGCUGUCAGCUCACACCCAGAAGGAGGAGCAAGAGUAUGUGGAUCGCUUCCGGCAUCGCAUUCUCCAGAGCCCCUACAGCUCUUACCUGCAGCUUGACAACAGCUCAAUGGCUCACUCACACCACCCAGGUGAUUACCUACGUCCAUUGAGCGCUGGUGGUUGGAACCGCUCUCGGAGAGGAAAGCCCAGACACAAGCGUUCCAAACCGCAGGGUUCCUCAGACAGCUACGCCUCUCCAUCUGGCCCCCCUCGGCGUGUCCCUGACUCUUCCUGGCCCUCCUCAGAGUCCUCCCAGCCCCAGAUGGGGACACCCUACAGCCAAGCAUCCCCACUCCAGGCGCCAUUUUUCCCUUUGAUGGCGACUCAGCCUGGCCCAGAGCAACAGCCCAGACCACAACAGUUGCCUGGAGCAACUCCUGUAGUCCUGCAACCUGCAGACCAAACCCAGCUCAGCUACAACUUCAACAUCAUGCAGCCUGCUCAGAGCCUGCAAGGCAUGCAACCAGUCCAGAUGGAGCCCAUUCAGAAUGUGCAGAAUAUCCAGAACUUUCACAGCAUGCAGCCCAUGGCUCCAGCGCAGAGCAUCAAUCCUUACGUGACUCCGGUCAUGGCUGUCAUCCUGCCCAACUACCCAACUUUCACUGCAGGUUACCCGUCCAUUUACCCGCCGUCCGCUCCUUCCAUGCUGCCUCAGACACCCAUCACUUUGGCAGGCUUCGCCCCUGGCAGCGCUCCCUUCCCCCAGCCUCAAUUCCAAGCCCAGCCUGCCCCCCAUACUCUGACCUCCCCGGGCCCUCUGCUUUACUCACCCAGAGCCAGCUCCUCUGUUGGAGAGGAAGAGGAGGCAGCUGGGCCCCGGGCUUUAUUCUCCAGCUCUCGCUCGAGUUCUCCACUGCAGCUCAACCUGCUGCAGGAGGAGCUGCCCAAGCCGAGUGAAGGGCAGAGCAGCACCGGGCACAACCACGCCGAGAGCCUCCACGAAAAACAUGCCAAUGAGGGUGACGCCCCCAGUGAGUCUGGGAACCAUGAUGCUCAGUCUACAUCCAGUGAGCUGCUUGACCUGCUGCUGCAGGAGGAUGCCAGGUCAGGAACCGGCUCCAACGCCUCAGGGUCUGGAUCAGGGGAGUCUGGAGGUUCACUAGGAUCUGGAUCUGGAUCUGGCUCCAAUGGAACCUCCACCUCUCACACUGGCAGCAGCAACAGCAGCAAAUACUUUGCCAGCAAUGAUUCAUCAGACACAUCACGUAAAGCCCGCAAGAGCCAGGAGGCGCCAGCAGAGCACCAGCACAGCUUCGACACUCGGGUGGAGAAUUCGCUGUGGAGCAUGAUCCAGCACACACCGGAGCGAGUCAUGAUGACGUACCAGAUCCACACCAGGGACCAGAAUGAGGUGUUGGCAGAGGACAGAGAGAAGCUUCGGGUGCUUCAGCCCCUCCAGCCGUGGUUUAGCCAGGAGCAGAGAGAGGAGCUGGCCGAGGUCCACCCCUGGAUCCAGCAGCAUACUAUCCCACAGGAGAUAGAUACACAGGGUUGCGUGAGCUGCAGCUCAGGAGCAGGGGUUGCCCACUCCCCUCACCCACCAGCCCCAGACAGCUCCUCCCCUCUGGAGAGCCCUCAGCAGGACUCCAUCGGACCCGUGGUGGACACUUGAGAGAUCUGGAACCCAGAACAGUCACCACUCAGUUCACAGUGAAAACCAGCCCUGUCAGAGACCCACCCAGAAAGUCCCACUAUACAUCUCUUCUGACCAGUCCGGAGGAGUGGGUCCCUGUAUUUUAGCUUGAAGUUUAACUUGUUUUGUAAAGGUAUCAGAGGACGGACCAGGCCCUGAGGAAAGAGGAGCCGAGAGAGAGGGAGGUGGUAUUUUCAGUGGCAUUUUCUGUGACUGCCUUUAUCGGACCAUGAAUAUUUUACCUCUCCUUUUUUUGUGUUGAUAGAGCCCUUGUUGGGGUUUAGUUUGUAUUCAAGACUGACCAGAUCCUUUGGCACCAUGAGCCACAUGAUGUUCAGUAUAGGAAGAGGGUCCCAUGGUUGCUGAACAUGAGCACUGUGUAUUCACAGCCAGUCUCUCGGAUGGGUGUGACUGGGUGACAAGACGAGGACAGCGCUGGCCCAGGUCGAGUAUCAGAACACACACCAGACUCUUGUCCAGUGACAUGGAGUGCAGGUUGUACAGUAUGUGCGUACCACAUCAGCUCUUUCAGUGACAUCAUAACUUACCAUGGAUGACACAUGGUAGAUGUUUGUGUUUUUUUUCCUGACGGACACUAAGACAAAGACACAUUUGCUGCUCUCUGUUUAUAAUGUUCAGACUCGAAUCUUCUAAGUUAAUUAUUAUCGGAGUGUAUUCUCUUGUUCCGUAGACUGAUCUCCUCGUGUUCAGAGCACCAGUUUUUAUGUUACUCUGACUCACACACAACAGCAGACAUGUUGAUCAGUUCCAAUUGAACUGAAACUUAAAUCCACCCCAUUAUUUUAAACGUCUUGUAGCGAGUCCUUUCUCCACCCAGUAUCCUGCCUGGUCUCCACCCUACAGAACCUGUAGCUUACCUCUAAUUGUAAAAAGACAGCGUGGCCCCAAAUGUUCUCUGAUCCUGAGUGAGUGAGUGAGUGAGUGAGUGAGUGAGUGAGUGAGUGAGUGAGUGUGUGUGUGUGCGCGCAUGCGCACUGACCGAUUGUGAGCAGCUUCCUUCGACACAGUUGCCCCAACAGUGCAGGACAGACCAGGGUUUUCUACCAUUUUUAGAUCAAAAGUAUAUUACAAUACCAUGUAUUUUAUAGAAAAUGUACACAAAACAAACUUCACAAAAUGUGUAAAAAGCCAUUUGUCUUGAUUUCAGGGACUAUUUGUUUGUGACACAAAGGAAUGAAUAAAUGAACUAUGACCU